GGCGAUUCACAGUUGAGCGCUGGUGGCUGAUAUAGCAACAGUGCCAUCUUCAGAAGACCAAAAGGGAUUUGCAGCACAGGACCAGGAACCAGGAGCAAAGAGGCAACAGCAACCAUGGCAGUGGAAGUAGUGCAGGAGACGCUGCAACAGGCGGCGGCCAGUUCUUCGACGACGGUCCUAGGAUUCAGUCCUAUGUUCACCACCCUAGUGGGCACCCUGGUGGCCAUGGCACUGUACGAGUAUUGGCGCAGGAAUAGCCGGGAAUACCGCAUGGUUGCCAAUAUACCAUCCCCCCCGGAGUUGCCCAUUUUGGGACAGGCUCAUGUGGCCGCCGGCUUGAGCAACGCCGAGAUCCUGGCCGUCGGCUUGGGUUACCUCAACAAGUACGGAGAGACCAUGAAGGCCUGGCUGGGCAACGUCCUGCUGGUGUUCCUGACCAAUCCCAGUGACAUCGAGUUGAUCCUGAGCGGGCACCAGCACUUGACCAAGGCGGAGGAGUAUCGCUACUUCAAGCCCUGGUUCGGAGAUGGUCUGCUGAUCAGCAACGGACACCAUUGGCGCCAUCAUCGCAAGAUGAUUGCUCCCACCUUCCACCAGAGCAUCUUGAAGAGCUUCGUGCCCACAUUUGUGGAUCACUCGAAGGCGGUGGUGGCCAGGAUGGGCUUGGAAUCGGGAAAAUCCUUUGAUGUUCAUGACUAUAUGUCGCAGACCACCGUUGACAUCCUGUUGUCCACCGCCAUGGGUGUGAAGAAGCUGCCGGAGGGCAACAAGAGUUUCGAAUACGCUCAAGCCGUCGUCGACAUGUGCGAUAUCAUUCACAAGAGACAGGUAAAACUACUUUACCGCCUGGACUCCAUCUACAAGUUUACGAAGCUUCGCGAGAAGGGCGACCGCAUGAUGAACAUCAUCCUGGGCAUGACCAGCAAGGUGGUCAAGGAUCGCAAGGAGAACUUCCAAGAGGAGUCGCGCGCGAUUGUUGAGGAGAUUGCCACACCUGUUGCCAGCACUCCCGCCUCCAAGAAGGAGGGUCUUCGCGAUGAUCUGGACGAUAUCGAUGAGAAUGAUGUGGGUGCCAAGAGGCGAUUGGCUCUCCUGGAUGCCAUGGUGGAAAUGGCCAAGAACCCCGAUAUCGAGUGGAACGAGAAGGACAUCAUGGAUGAGGUGAACACAAUUAUGUUUGAGGGCCACGAUACCACCUCGGCGGGAUCGAGUUUCGCCCUCUGCAUGAUGGGCAUUCACAAGGACAUCCAGGCUAAGGUCUUCGCCGAACAGAAGGCCAUCUUCGGAGAUAACAUGCUGCGCGAUUGCACCUUUGCCGACACCAUGGAGAUGAAAUACUUGGAGCGCGUGAUUUUGGAGACUUUGAGGUUGUACCCUCCAGUACCGCUGAUCGCCAGGCGUCUGGACUACGACCUCAAGUUGGCCAGUGGACCGUACACGGUUCCCAAGGGCACCACGGUCAUCGUGCUGCAGUACUGCGUGCACAGGCGUCCCGACAUCUAUCCCAAUCCCACCAAAUUCGAUCCGGACAACUUCCUGCCCGAGAGGAUGGCCAACAGGCACUACUACUCCUUCAUCCCCUUCAGCGCUGGACCCAGAAGCUGUGUGGGCCGCAAGUACGCCAUGCUGAAGCUGAAGGUCCUGCUGUCCACCAUCGUGAGGAACUACAUUGUCCACUCCACCGAUACGGAGGCAGACUUCAAGCUGCAGGCUGACAUCAUCCUGAAGCUCGAGAAUGGAUUCAAUGUCUCGUUGGAGAAGCGUCAGUAUGCCACGGUGGCCUAGGAAUCUGGGACUCCGACUACGCAACCGCGAAUCCCGAAUCCCGAAUCCAGCCCUGUAUAUAGAUGAUGAACACCGAUGAAUAUCCCAACCCGACACCUCGAUGACGAACCUGUAAAUCUAAAACACCGACGAAGAACCCAACACACAAGCCAGCCAGAGAGUCAAUUAAUUUUUCUUUCGUUUUUUUCCUCGUUACUUUUAUAUUUUAUCAAUACCUUUUUGUUUGUUGGUCUUUAGCGGGUGGUGCCCCUAUAUAAUGUAUACGUAUAUACUAUAUUCUUUUAACCAACUAUUCAACGCAACUGUUUGUGCUCUUCACCUUUUUAGUACUCCUACUUCUAUCACUAUCUAUCUAUACUUUUUUUUCCUAGCCAUGUAGUGUGAUUUUUUUUCUCUAUUCUAGUAUUUAUUAAGUCAAAUGGUUUAAACGAAACCCAAAAAAUAUGAAAAAUACACGUAUGCGAGGCACGUAGCCGAUAGAGCUGCAAAACAAUUGAAA